AGUACAUCGAAGCCAUCAGCAACAAGCAAGGCGAGCUGGAAAACUACGUCUCCGACGGCUAUAAGACAGCUCUCACGGAAGAGAGGAGACGGUUCUGCUUCCUGGUAGAGAAACAGUGCGCGGUGGCCAAGAGCGCCAUCACCUACCACGCCAAGGGGAAGGAGAUGCUGACGCAGAAGCUGCCGCUGUGGCAGCAGUCCUGCUCGGAUCCCAACAAGAUCCCGGACCGCGCUAUCCAGCUGAUGCAACAGAUGGCUGCCAGCAGCAAUGGCACCAUUAUGCCCAACUCUCUGUCUACAUCCAAAUCCAACCUCAUCAUCUCUGACCCCAUCCCUGGUGCCAAACCUCUCCCUGUCCCCCCAGAGCUGGCACCUUUUGUAGGACGCAUGUCGGCGCAGGAGGCCAUGCCGGUGAUGAACGGAGUCUCAGGCCCGGAGAGUGACGGGUACAACCACUGGUCUGAGAUGAAGCCAGCACAGCCCAAAUCUUUAUCUCCUCCCCAGCCUCAGAAGCAGCUGAGCGACUCUUACUCCAAUACACUCCCAGUUCGCAAAAACGUGCCACCGAAAAACAGCUACGCGUCAGCCGAAAACAAGACGCUGCCACGCUCCAGCUCCAUGGCUGCAGGGCUCGAGAGGAACGGCAGGACGAGGGUGCAGGCCAUUUUCUCUCACGCUGCUGGAGAUAACAGCACCCUCCUCAGCUUCAAGGAGGGUGACCUCAUCACGCUGCUGGUGCCGGAGGCCAGGGACGGCUGGCAUUACGGGGAGAGCGAGAAAACAAAACUGAGGGGCUGGUUUCCUUUCUCCUACACGCGGGUCCUGGACAGCGAUGGCAGCGAGAGGGUCCACACGAGCCUGCAGCAAGGGAAGAGCAGCAGCACCGGGAACUUGCUGGACAAAGAUGACAUCUCCAUCCCGCCGCCCGACUACGGAAUGGCCUCCCAAGCCUUCCCGGCACAAGGCGUCAACACCUUCAAGCAGAGGCCGUACAGCGUGGCCGUGCCCGCCUUCUCCCAGGGUCUCGACGACUACGGGACGCGGUCCGUCAGCAGGUAA